AAGCUGAAGUUACUGAAUCCAUUAUUUUCCUUUAUUAUAAUUAAUUUCAUUUAGUUUCUGUUUAUCAAGUUUUGUAUUUUUAGUUGAACUGAGAUAGGUAUAUAUUUGCCUUUCUCGAGUUUGUCUGUACAAGUUCCUGUCGUUGAAAAUAAACACGACUCAGCAAGAAGAGCGAGACCAAGCCGCCACCAGCCCUUUCUCUACCCUCCGUUCACCUCCAGAUCUUAGCCACGGUGUUGAUAAUUCCAACAUUUGGUGCCCAGACCCAGGAAGUGGAGCCUUCAAGACUUUCCUGUGAGUAAUCGUGGCUAAGAUAACCUGUCAGAAUGGGGGAAGGGAAGGAAGAAGCAACGAAGAAAAGGGCGGCUGCCCGAGGCUGGGUUACCAGACAGUCCACAGCCUUAAAGGACUUACUAGACAAACCCAGCAUCAGUGAAUUUGAGUUGAGAAGUGCCAUAGAGACCUUUGACCGUAGAUUAAACACUUUAGAUGAGAGACAGGCCGAACUUGAGCUUCUAGUAGACGACGGUGACCUAGAUCAGUGCGUAGAUGAAGCAGACAGCUUCAGACGUGCCAGUCAAGAGAAUUGGCUACGUGCAAAUGAGAAGUUACAAGAACUAAUGAAGGCCAGUCAGAUUGAGUUAGGCUCUGUUGGGAGUACUUCUACAUCUGGCAAGUCACCUGAAGUGAAGUUACCCAAGCUUGAACUGCCAAAGUUUAAAGGAGAUGUUACAGAAUGGGUGUCCUUCUGGGAUCAGUUUAGCUCUCACAUAGAUGACACAGAGAUUCCAGUUAUAAGCAAGUUUACUUAUCUGGUGUCUCUGUUAGAAGGAGAAGCUAAAUCAGUAGUUCAAGGUCUCUCACAUACUAGUGCUAAUUACAGUAUUGCUUGUGAUCUACUGAAGGAGAGAUAUAACAGGCCUGAGAGAAUUAUAUUUGCCCAUGUACAGUCCCUUUUGAGUGGCCAUGUCCUUGGGAAGGCCAAGGGACCCAAGUAUGUGACUCAACUUUGGAGUCUCAGAGAUGAGAUACUGACACACAUCAGAAGUUUAGAGGCCCUAGGCAUGUCAGGCAAGCAGUGUAAAAUCUUCCUAACUCCCAUCAUCCUGUCCCGUCUGCCCAAUGAGAUUCGUCUGGAGUGGGCUCGCAAGGGUGCUGGACAUGAGAGUGACCUCGACUGGCUUCUGACGUUUCUACGACAAGAAAUUGAGAGCAUCGAGAAGUCAGAGGCCUUCAAGGACGUCACCGCGGGUAAGAGGGAGAGUCUGUCUUCCCCUGAAGAGAAGAAGAAUUGGCAGACGCGGGAGCCUAAAGGAAAGGUAUCAUCCGCGGCUGCAUUACACACAUCUUCGGAAGGCCAACUCUAGAGGACCUGCUGGGCAGCGACACCCUGGGGCUCAACACGGCCUUCCAAGCCUGCAAGUGUGCACAGACCUUGCUACAUAAGUACGAACAGCUUGACAGAAUCUAGCCCCCACCUGGGGACCCAUCUCCACCACAAGAACCGCAGGAGCAAGUAACCUGUACCGCCGGGGCUUUGAAGGCCAUGGUCCCAUGGCCUAACCAGCCCCCUAAAACACUGAAGAAGAAGUGUGUGGGCAUGGAAGUCGUGUGCAGUGGGCGUGUCUUGAGAGGUGAGGCGGAGGAAAGUGGAGUCUGGCACGUCUUGCUUACAGUCUUGAGAAUGUGUCAACGUUAAGCGAUGAAUAUGACCGCCAUGAGACUAGGAGACAGAGAAGAGGCACCUUUGACGAGCACUGACUCUAAACUAUCACCAAAGGACAGUCCAGCGGUGAAGCCGAGUGCGUCCCGAUGCAGCGUGAUGGCAGCCUCCUGCUGUGCGCCAGGCUGUGAGAGCAGGAACACUGUGGACUGCAAACUCACCUUCCACACGUUUCCAAAAGCCCCUGAGUUGCAGAAGAGGUGGAUCACUGUCACCGGCAGCAAGAAAGAGAAGUGUUUUGACCACC